ACAAUGCAAUAUUUAUAGCGGUACAUUCGGCAAGUGAAUAUAGACGCACAGGACUACUCCAUCAAUCCAUACCUUCAAGUCAAGAAAAAAAAACCUCAAAAUGAUGAAAAUUACAAUCUUCGCUUUAGCCGCUUUCGCAAUCGUGUGCGCAUUGCCCCAGGACCAACAACCGCAACAGGCGCCUGUAGAAAUUGUUAAGCAAGACUCGGAAGUUGAUAUUAACGGAUACAAUUUCGAGUUUGAAACGAGUGACGGAACAUCGAGACAAGAGCAAGGUGAAUACAAGAAUGACACAGAGCAACAAGGUCUUUUGAUUAAGGGAAGUUACAGAUACGUGGCUCCCGAUGGCCAGCAUAUCUCUGUGUCCUUCGUUGCUGACAAAAAUGGCUACCAGCCCACCGAACACAACGGCGAUGAUGCCAAACCAGCUGAUGCGCAGUCUUAAAACAUCAUGACCCUAACAUAUAUACGCUAAAACCAAAUAAUGUAAGGUUAAGCUGCCAUUUCAAAAUGUUUAUGUAACUGUUUUACAGCGCCUAAUAGUACAAUGUUAUUCGAUA